AUGCAGUCGUUCGGUCAAGUGGACGUGACCUGGUCGCCGCCGGUGGUGAAGAUCAGGUCCGCCGCGGCGCCGUUCGCGGUUACGGACGCGACCCUGCUGGCGGCGGCGACCGAAUACGAGGUCGGCGUGGCACCAGCAGCGGUCGGAUCUGCUGAUGGUGGUGGUGGUGGUGCGGCAUCAUCCGAGGCCGUUGUCCGGGUCGCCGGCACCAAGUACUCCGUGUCGGGACCCGUUUGGGGUCAGGAGUACAACGUGCGGGUCACUUGCGUGCUCCAGACCCAACCCGUGCCGUGUGGCGCAACCAAGGGCGUGGCAGCAGUCGUGGCCCGUGACCAGAGGGCAAAUGGUCUUAUCUUAGCGAUGCCCCGGAAUAUUUCGGCGCAUGCUAUCGCUGACAAUGCAGUCCUUAUCAAAUGGGUCAACGUGGACCUCGGAUGGGUGCCCAAAAAAUACUCCAUUUCGGUUUCAGAAACUUCCUUCAACACCGAAGUCGCAAGAGGCGAUUUGAAAGUGAAGCUGAGCGACUUGAACACCGCCAAAACGUAUUCAGUGACUUUCAAACCAGUCCUGGAUGGAUUUCCUGAUCCUCCCGCGAAUGUGCAAAAUUUGUAUUUCACUGCUUUCCUCGGGUCAGUGGGUUUAGCAGCAACGGUUCUUUGGUCUGGUUCCGUGAGACUGACUUGGAACCCCGCCCAAGCGUGUGUUGCUGACUUCACCACUGAGCUGACGAGUUUUCCGCUUCCUGCUGUUGCUUACCAGGCGACUUUAACGGGAAACGGAACCAACAGGACCUUGGAUUUGAAUGCUGAUGCACUUUCCGCCGAAUUUCCGGGUAUCCGUGUGAAUGUCUCCUACACUGGCACGCUCAAGUGUUCCUUCCUUCGGCCCCUUAAGGAGCUAACGCCGAGCGCACCAACCGGAACCCAGGUCAAGCCGGGAUCGAAGAACGUGACGAUUUACGACUUGAAAAGAGUCGGGGCUUCCUGGCGAGAUGCGGAAGCGAUUUGCAUGAGGCUUUUUCCCGUGGACCACUCGGACUUGUGCGUUCUGUUUCUUCGCACUUCAGUGUGGUCGGAUGAAUCCCCGUACACGUACUUUCCAAUCAGCAGUAAAAAGGGACCGAGCAAAUCCGAUUGUUGUCUGAAGGUCGUUCGGCUGGCGAACAAUCGGUUCGAUUGGCAGGCUGACCAGUGCAAUUUCCUUAAAAGUUUUUUAUGUGAAACGCGUGUCAACAAAUUGACGAGUGACAUGGUGAACAUGAGCCUGGCGAACACAACUGCGAAUGCCACCGUGUUCAGCUGGAACACUUCGGGCACCAAUUGGGAGGGUAGGGCCUAA